AUGGCAAAUUCUCUUGGCUUGACAAACGUGUACAGCCCGGGGCACUGCAAACCAGUAGUAGAUAUCAUCUUCAUCCAUGGCCUCGGCGGCCGGAGUCAUUAUACUUGGAGCUAUAAAAAGGAUCUGGCGCUUUUCUGGCCAGGGUGGCUGCACCAGGAACCGGGCCUGGCUGACGUGCGCAUAACAACGUACGGUUACGACUCAAGCAUCUGGCCUGCAUUUACAAAGAACUUUUCCUGCAUCGAUGACUUCUCGCAGGAGCUCCUUGCUCGGGUGAAGGUUGCCGCAAAUGAGCUUACCGGAGAGAUCCCUUUUGGUGAGAUCCCUAUCAUUAUGGUUGCCCAUUCCUUGGGAGGCCUGGUUGCGGAGCAAGCUUGUAAUAAUGGCAUCAAGGACUUUACAUACCAGUCUUUGGUUCAUUCCACAUAUGCCAUGAUCUUCCUGGCCACUCCCCACCAUGGUUCUGAAGUUGCGGAUCUCGUGGACGACACGAUUCGCAGAAUGAGCCUCGGGUUCUUCUCAAAGCCCUAUAUCACGGAACUCCGCUCAGAUUCUAGUGUCUUAAGUGAUAUCGAUAGAGGAUUCCGUGAAAACUUACCUGAUAUUGCUAUUGUAUCGUUUUGCGAGACACGUGGAAUUCCUCUGACUAAUCUUCAGAUUCCAAACCCACUUACGCAGCAGCGAGUGGGCUUUGACUGCUCUUCGUGGUACACGUUUUGGAGAAUUCUCAUUGAAAGUCUCCUAAGUGUCGGUAUAAGGUCUGCAACCUACUUGGUAGUCGACGACAUAGACAAAUUCCAUGAUCCAGGAUCCUUCCUUGCGGCGUUGGAGGAGCAUUCGGCCGUUGGUCUUCCCUUGCGUCUGUUAGUCGCUAGUGAGAUAGAUCAGCCUAUCGACCUGUUGUACAAGUCUGACGAGGAUUUUGAGCCUCAGGCCCUGGAUUUAAGACUUCUUGACGGUGUGAGAAAUGAUCUGCAACUGGUCGUCACGGAAAGAGUUGAAAAUCUCUGCGGUCUUGGUGACCUAAAAUCGGAUAUUGCAACUCGCAUCCUCAAAUUUUCCGAUGGAAACUAUCUAUGCGCCCACCUUCUAUAUAAAGAGAUCAAGAAUUGCCGAAGAAAGGAGCGGUUGCAAAGUGUCUUCAACAAGGCCCCUCAAGGCAUUGCUUCCUACUACGAACUAAUGGAAAUGGAACUGGAAGCUCGGUGGACAACGGACGACCACGACGAUGCCCAGGUUCUGAUGCCGUGGAUACUGCACUCAUUUGUUCCAUUGACAAUUGAUCAAUUGCAUCACGGAAUUAAGUGUCUGGGCGUGGAAUUUAUCGACCUGCAACUGACCAUCACCCGAGUUUGCGGGCGCUUUGUUACGGUUGACAAUAAAUCUCAAGUCAGGCUCAUGCACACAACCGCGCAUCAGUUCAUCUUGGACAAGGGGUCUGUCCUACAUGUUGAUCGGAAAUUGGCCCAUCGCUCGAUCCUUGUCACAGGAAGACUUCGGGUUUCAAGAAUACGCGAGGUCAUUUUGGUUUUGUCAUCUUGA